AUGGCCGCUGCCGGCGGGGGCGUGGCGCGGCCGGCCAGGGGGGCGUGGCCGGCUCGCGAGGGCGGGGGCGUGGCCGCCGCGAGCGAAGUGGCAGCGGGCCUCGGCCAAUCAGCGGCGCUGAGAGCGGCGGCCGCGUUCCAGCCCGCGCGCUCCGGCCAAUGCGGGAUCCGCUCGGUGCCGGAGCCCGGGCAGCGGGUGCCGGUGUCGGGCUGGCCUGGCGGGCACGAGUGCGCUCCCAGCGCUGGGAUAGCCGCUGGAUCCCGGGUGAUCCGCUCAGAGCGGGAAAAACUUGGGGUGUGGAUCCACAAGGUGCGGAUCUACACCGGCAUGUGGGAUGCUCCGCUGGGACCCGAGGGCUGGCUGGGGGAGCCGCCGUCGCGCCAGGAGGAGGAGGCCGUGCUGCGGGCGCUGGACGCGGGGCUGGAGCGCUGCCUGGCGCUGCACUCGGCCGUGCAGUGCAUCCCCGUGCCCCGGCACAGGAAGCUCUCGGGCAAGGCAGGCAUUGAUGAGGUGAUGGCAGCUGCGGUGCUCACCAGCCUCUCCGCCAGCCCCUUGGUGCUCGGGCACCCACCAGCCACUCAUGCCACAGAGCCUGGCAGUGAGGUCUGGAAGGAGGCUCCUGCCAUGUCCUCCAGCUGCAGCAGCAGCAGCAACACCAGCGGGGACUGGAGCUGGGACCCCUCCAGCGACCGAUCCACCCCCUCCACCCCCUCACCCCCCCUCUCCAGCCACGUCCCCAGCACCUUCCUGCCUGGCCCACUCCCAGAUGAGGGCCCUGAUGAGCCCGAUGGCACCCACUUCGUCUUUGGAGAGCCCACCCCACGGAAGAGGAAGAACUCCACCAAGGUGAUGUUCAAGUGCUUGUGGAAGAGCUGCGGCAAAGUCCUCAGCAGCUCCUCAGGGAUGCAGAAGCACAUCCGAACCAUGCACCUUGGCCGGAAAGCCGACCUGGAGCAGAGCGAUGGCGAGGAGGAUUUCUACUACACGGAGCUGGACGUGGACGUGGAGGCGCUGACUGACGGGCUCUCCAGCCUCACCCCGGUGUCUCCCACCUCCUCGGUGCCUCCCGCCUUCCCCGGCCCCGAGGCUCCUCUGCCGCCGGCCCUGCCCAUCCUCGAGCUGGCCCUGGCCUCCCCCUGCAGCCCCCCGGGGCCCCCCGGCCGCUGCCACGUCCACACCGACCACGCGUACCAGGGCUGCCGGACCCCCCCGCGGCCACCCGUGUCCCCCACUGUCCCCACCCCGCCACCACCCAAGCCACCGGCCGUGCCCAGGAGGCCGCGGGGCGAGGCCAAGAAGUGCCGCAAGGUGUACGGCAUGGAGCACCGGGAGAUGUGGUGCACGGCGUGCCGCUGGAAGAAGGCGUGCCAGCGCUUCCUCGACUGACGGAGCCCCGCCGCUCCCUCCUUCUUGCACAUUUUGCACUCGAGGUGCCUUCGCGCCCCCCCGGCCGCCCCCCGGACUCAGGGAACGGCCCCCCGAAAGCUUUAUGCACACACACAGCCCCCCCUGCCACGGAGCUUGUCCCCCCUGCCUUGUUUUCCCUUUGAAAAUAAGCUAAAUCCAUUGAUCCGACCCCGCUCCUUGCCGGGGGGAGGCUGGCAGGGGGUGUCUGGCUGCUCCCGGCCCCCUCCCCACUCUGGUUUGGGGACCCCCCCACGGCUGAAUAAGCUGUGCCUGUGGCCGGUUUUGGGGGUUUGGAAAAGGGGGUGUCUGUUCCUGCCCCCCGCCUGCUCCCGGGGGGCAGCCCCAGUGCCCAGGGCAGAGGUGGGCGCCUGCCCCCCCAGGGGGGUUUUUACUCUUUGUAAUGUCAUUUCUCUCUCUCGUUUUGGGGAGCCCCUGCCAGGGCCAUGCCCCGGGAAGUGCCUGCAGGAAUGCGCCCAUUUGCACUAAGCCAAACUGCACAAAGAGGGGUCUUUUUGUUUUCCUUUACUUUUUUUUUUUUU